AUGCCAAACAGUGACGUUCCCUCUUCCCAGCGCUAUCCCGACGCCGAUGGCUACUACGGCCCUUUCGGCGGCAGCCACUACCCGGCCAAAGUCCAGCCCGCGCUUGAUGAACUAGCCCAGGCGUAUGAAUCGAUACGCGACUCCCUCGAUUUCCAGCGCGAGAUCACCAGUGUCCGCGCCACCUUUCAAGGCCGCCCAACACCCAUCCACCACCUCAAACGCAUCUCGCAGCAGCUCGGCGGCGCUCAGAUCUUCGUGAAACGCGAAGACUUAAACCACACCGGUGCGCACAAAAUCAACCACUGCGUCGGCUUCGCGCUCCUCGCGAAGAAACUCGGAAAGACAAAGCUCAUCGCCGAGACAGGCGCCGGGCAGCAUGGCGUCGCCCUCGCGACGGCCGCUGCCUACUUUGGGCUCGACUGCGAGGUGCACAUGGGCGAGGUGGAUAUCGGCAAGCAGGCCUCUAAUGUCGGCCGCAUGCGCCUCCUCGGCGCGCGCGUCGUGGCUGCGUCGACGGGACAGUCGGCGCUCAAGGAGGCGAGCGACUCGGCCUUUGCCGCGUACGCGGAGCAGCACGCGCACGCGUUGUAUGCAAUCGGGUCGGCGAUUGGGCCCCAUCCGUUCCCGAUGAUUGUGCGAGACUUCCAGGCUGUUGUUGGCCGCGAGGCGCGCGAGCAGUUUCUUGCACUCUCGGAGGGUAGUCUCCCUGAGCAUGUGGUUGCGUGCGUAGCUGGCGGGUCGAAUGCGCUGGGGAUGUAUACUGCUUUCCUGGAUGACUCCGAGGUCACCUUGCAUGCUGUGGAGCCCCUAGGCCAGUCGAGUCAGCUCGGACAGCACGCCGCGACCUUGUCCUACGGGACGCCGGGGACACUGCACGGGGCGCGCUCAAUCAUGUUGCAGGAGAAGGAUGGCACGCCCGCAAGCGUCUCAUCCGUAGCGUCCGGGCUCGUCUACCCCGGCGUCGGGCCGGAGAUGGCCAUGCUACAUGAGUCUGGGAGAAUUUCUGUCGCGGUGGUUUUGAAUGAGGACGUUAUCAGGGCGUUCUUCCAGAUGGCCAAGCUUGAGGGGAUUAUCCCGGCUUUGGAAAGUGCGCAUGCGCUGGCAUUUGCGUUCAAGUUGGCGGCGCAGCGGCCUUUGUCGGAGCGGAUUCUGGUUAAUCUUUCAGGGCGCGGUGACAAAGAUGUGAACUAUGUUCUUGAGAAUUAUGGGCCUGGUUAA